UCAUGACUGCAGCAGCAGUAAAAUCGAAAUCGAAAAGGCGAGAAUCUCGCGAGAAAUCAUCGUCGCGUGUGCGUGUAUGAAACCUCGAGUUUGAAAAGUGGCUAAAUAUCUAAAUUUUCGAGUGUGCUUCAUCGGAAAUUGUUGCAAGUUAGCACGUUUGCGAGUUUCCGGUCAAGCGGAUAUAGAAGUUGGCCACGGUGGUCCCACCAGGAGUGGAUAAUUUGUCUUCAAAAUUGCCCUCUCCAAUACCGUGUCGCGAGUCUUCAAAGAAGGAAAAAAUCCAAAUCUAAAGGGAAGAGUGGAUUCGCGUGUGGCCUCGCUAGAAGAAAAAAAAGUUGGUGCGUUUCCUCGUUUUGGAGGAAGUUUAGGGCAGUUGCUGUUAUUGAUUGUGCACGCAAAAUGUCUUGUAAGCUUUCUUAAGUGCGUGAGAGUGCUUCAAUAAAUUGAAUGUUUCGUGAUUUGAGAAGAACGGAAUCGGGAAACCCAGCAGCAUCACCAGCAACAAUAUCAAUACCAUCGCUAUCAUCAUCAAUGGCUGCUACGACGGCCUCGGCAAGUGGAACUCCUCUGAUGAAUACCAGCGGUUCCGCCGAGAGUCCACAACAACAGCAGCAGCAACAGCCGCACAAUAAUCUGGAAGAUGAUCCCAAUACUUCAAUCAUAAAUCGAGUUCGUUCGCGUGUCUCCAGCAUUUUGCCAGAUACUUUGUCCAAAUGGUUUUCACCACUGGGAAGUAAACGGGCGCGAGACGACAGGGAUCGAUUGAACAGAAGCAGCGGCAGUAGCAGCACCAGCAGCGGUGGAAGUGGAAGUCCCUCUACCGGAACACCCACCGCUGGUCGCAAUGGCAAUCUACCGCUGAAAAGCAGGCGGCUAGUCAAUUCCAACGACGGCAACCAGUCCGAUGAUUUUGGACAAGCGGUUGAGGAAGAAGAAGAUGAACAAGGAGAACAUGCUCCCCCGUUCAGAAAAAAGAAACGCCUAGAAGAAGGUUUUAACACUUCGCUUAUUGGCAUCCAGGGUGAGCUAUUACCGGGCCCCAGCGGCCUUAACAUAUCUGCCAUCGAUCGACGAGCUUCUUUACCCGGGGGUCUUCUUUCGGGAGCAACAAGUGCUCGUCAAAGUGGCGGCGUUCAAAACAGAUUUUCUUCAUCUACGCCUUCGACGUCGCCCCAGCAGAAGGAACCCUUUGGUGGAAUCGGUGAAAAACUUAAUCGUGGCAAUCUCAGCAGCUCGAUUAAUUACACGAAACGUGUCACGGCUGCUCCCUACAACUUUGGAGCGGGCCCCGCAGUUGCCGAGAAUGUUUCUUUGAUGGGGAUUCGAGAAGAAGAUGGACCGAAUCAAGAAUCAUCCGGCCAUCAAAACGAAAGUUUCUCUAGCUCGAUUCGGCAUCGUAAAAGUAUCCGAGAAGUUAGUGGAAGGAAGCGUUUGAAUAUCCCAUCGAUGUCAGUCGAUCGUUCUACAUCAGAACCUCCAGUAGUGGGUUUCAGUGGAGCAACGUCUUUGUUUGGACGUGCAAAUCAACAGCUGCAUCCAGUUCAACAGAGCAGCAGUGAGGACUUAACUGAGGAUGUUCAGCAGGGAGAUGCUAUUUCGAAUGGCAAUUUGAAUGAAAGCGCAUCAGAAAACAGCAGUGUGUCAAACCUAAAUCUUAGUCAGACCGAACAGACAGACGGCAGAAGAUUGACUGGAUUUAUGGGAAAUAGUAGGAGCAAAAGAUUACGUGUCGGAGGAUCUACUGGUGAUUUGUGUUUUUCCUCGCAUUUGGAAACGGAAAAAAGUCUGUUUUCAGCCAAAAACAACAGUCGAAGUGGACGUCCCAUCUUCAACGCAUCGCUAUACGGGAGCACUUUAUCGCUGGGUAGCAACCAUAGCAGCUUAUUUUCCAACUCCCCUUUCUACAAUGGAAAAACAAUGUAUGGCGGAGCCUCAGCUUACAGUGCUCGUCGCGAUAACCACAAAAAAGCUCUCCGAGUUCCUGUUCAAAUUCGACCAUCCUCAUCGCUGUCCAAUUUUUCUUCAUCUAACAACAGUCUUGCUUCCGAUACAUCAGCGUUAUCGAAUACAGCCAAACGAAUACUGGAAAUCAUGAACCAAUGUUCCGGUCCGCUGAAUGAAGCUCGUAAACUUGGAAGCAGUCUCAGUUUGAAUAGCACUCUCGCCUCGUCCAAAGUGCCUGGACUGGUUCAAGCGCGCAAGCGAUUCAACGAGGAGGAUAUAACCAUUAACCGUAGCAUACGUAUGUCCAGUCCGAGAACACCUUACAGUCGACCUCAGAGUGCCACAGGAAGUGCAGCCACGUUAAAUAAACCUCCAAUUUGUGAACUUCAGAUUCCUUCCAUGUCACAGCUGCUGCACAUGAAACGGCUACAAAGUAAUACCGAAUCCGUUCGCCGUAUGGCAACGGAAUCCACCGGUAGCACCGCACUCAACGAACCAAGCGAAUACAGACUUCCGGAGAAUGCUUCGUCCUCAGUUUCCAAUUCGGACGAUCGGAACAAUAAUGUCAAACAUACCAAUAAGAUUCGUAACAAGUUAACUCGAGUGCGCGAAGAGCCCGCAGAUCGAAGUAACAACACACCAGUGCCACAAAUCAAUCUGCCAGAUGUACAAUUGUCUGGCCUUAAAUCAGUUCCUAAAUUCGACAUAAAACUCCCCACUUCCAGCGGCGCUACAUCCAACAAUAGAUCAACUGGAACCAAGGCAAAUAUCUUCACCAGUGAAGGCCAGAGUUCAAAAUUAUCUUCUAGCCAAGCUGAAAAUUCACACAGUUUGAAAACGGAUCCCGCACUUCCCAACAGCACUGUAUACAAAUUCUCAGCACCAUCAAAGCUUAAUUUACCCGAUAGUCAAACAGCAUCCACCUCAGGAAAAGCUGUGGGUAGCUUCAAAUUCAGCGACCCAGAGCCAAUCGGAACAAAAACACCACUAGCUCCAAAGUUGGGUGGCUUCCAGUUCAAUCCAGAUCUGGCAAAACCGAAAGUUGCUCCUGUUAGUAACGAGCCGUUGACAAUUGCAACAAAAACGCCACCAACGCUCAAAACAGGUAGCUGCCUGGAUGCCUUGAAAGGUGAGCCGUCCGUACCAGAACUUAAAACUGGUAGCUGUUUAGAUGCCCUGGCGAAACCGGCCGUCACUUCUACAACUGGAUUUGGUAACGCAUUCAAACUAACUGGUUCCAAUAAAUGGGAAUGCGAAGCUUGCAUGGUCCGAAAUGACCCUGAGAAAACCAGCUGCGUAGCAUGUACUACACCCAAACCCGGGGCGAAACCGUCUGUGAGUGAAACACCGAAAACGAAUAUUUCUUUAGAUACCAAACCCACUCCAGCUUCGGAUUCCGGAUUCAAAGCACUGAUUGCUCAGCAAUCGGCAAGGUGGGAAUGUUCCGAUUGUUUGACUCGAAACGAUGCCGACAAACUGAAAUGUCUUUGCUGUGAAAAACCGAAACCGGGCACUUCGUCGGCUACAUCGAAACCAGUACAAUCUGCUGUAGUUCCUGAUGCAAUCAAAUCUAUGUUCGCAAUGCCUUCAUUGCCGGCCACAAGUGCAGCCUCCGAUCAAGGUUUCAAAGCUUUGGUCGCUCAGCAAUCUGCUAAUCGAUGGGAAUGCAGCGCUUGUAUGACCCGAAACGAAGCCUCCAGAUCGAAAUGCGCAUGCUGCGAACAGGCUAAGCCUGGAUCCAACGCAUCUGAUACUCCCUCAUUCUCAUUCGGUAGUAAAACCGCACCAUCUACAAACAGUGGGCAAUUCGCAUUUGGUGUUCCAUCUGGAACUUCCGCAACAACUGAACCUCCAAAAGCUACCGGUUUCACUUUCGGUGGUUCUCCCGCGAAAAGUGCAAGUAUUGCGACGCCUUCUGGUGGUUUUUCUUUCGGAACGCUCAAUAAUACUACCAAAACGGAACAAAAGACCGGGUUUACGUUCGGUAGUACAUCGACACCUGCUACGUCAACUACCGUAACAACCGGUUUCAGUUUUGGUGCCAAACCAACAGACACUACCGACAGCACUAAACCCACCACAAAAGACGAAAGCAAAACAGAAGAAACAAAGCCCGCUUCUUUCAAAUUCGGCUCCACCGGUGGUUUUUCGUUCGGUACAAAAACUGCAGACACUUCCGAAAGUAACAAUGCAAACAAAAUAGAAUCAACCACAAAUAAACCUGCUGCACCUACAGGCUUUACAUUUGGUUCCUCGAAACCAGCCGAAUCAACCGCAACUUCCGGAUUUUCCUUCGCUAAAAGUGAUGAAACUGCGCCUGCGUCUUCCGUUUCUACCAAUCCUUCAAAAACCGUUGAAAGUAGUAGUAGCGGAACUACUUCUACAAUCGCAAGCCAGCCCAGUGCCACUUUCGGAUCUCUUGUCUCCGGAUCGACAACAUUCGGUGGCUUUGCAGGUGCUGCCAAGUUAACUCCCAAAACGGCUGGGGCUGAAAACACAGCAGAAAAGGCGACAUCCAACAACAGUUCAGUCGGAGUUAGUGGUGGGUUUAGUUUUGGGUCGUCCAAACCCACAGUAGAAGCCGCACCUAUUUCGGGAUCGGAUAAAAAAGACACUGCAGUCGCCCCUAGUGUUCCGAUUUUCGGUGGUAUUCAAAAACAGACUGGCCCUUCAAUAACCCCGAGCUUUAGUUUCGGGUCAGCAACAGCAGUAGGAACGUCCAGUGCAACUGGAAGUACAGCCAGUACCCUUGCCAGUAGCAGCUUCUUAUCUACGACGACAACUACAACUUCUAUGGCAGCCCCGACGUUUAGUUUCGGUGCUGGCGCACCCAAAACAGUGGAAUCGAUUACUAGCAGUAGUGUUCCCAAUACGUCAGGUUUCGUUUUCGGACAAGCAAACCAAUCCGCUUCAACUCCCAGCUUUGGUGCAGCUGCAGCUGAGAAACCAACAUUUGGUAGCUUUGCAGCAGGUUCCACAGCCAGCAGUGGUGCUGCAUCAAGUUCCAUUUUCGGUGGGGCGACAGGAGGAACAAGUACUGAUUUUGCCUUUGGCGGUACUGCUAAGCCACCUGCUGAAGUAACAAGCACUUCUUCUGCAUUUACUUUUGGAGCCAACAAAGCAACCACUCCUACUGUAGUGGGAAAUGCUCCGGUGUUUGGCACUCCGCCCACAACAACAGCAGUCAAACCUGUUUUCGGAUCCGCGGGAGGUCCAUCAACAUUUGGCGGCUUCGGAUCCGGAAACACUGCUGCAAGUAAUUCGGCAGGUGCGUCCCCGGCAUUCGGUUCCAAUGUUUUUGGCUCAAAUUCGACCCAAACUGGAUCAAUCUUCGGACAAACAACACCAUCGCCUUCUUUUGGAACAGCUCCAGCCUUCGGAUCUGCAUCUUUCGGUGGUUCAGCUCAAACUGCAAGCCCAUUUGGCGGCUCAUCAGCAGCAACAACAGCAUCGUCCGAUGGGCCACUUCCGAAGAAGGCUUUCGACUUUACCUCCGGUGCCAAUGUAAAUAGUCAAUCACCAGCGCCCUUCCAGUUUGGUACCAACAAUAACAAUGACGGUGGAAGUAAACCAUUUUCGUUUUCUGCAUCCGCAACACCGAGCUUCAAUUUCUCAGCUGGAUCAAACACAGCACAGUCGUCCGCUCCAUUCACGUUUGGAAGUGGUUCGUCGCUUCCGGCCCAGAGCUUGGUGCCAUCCGCCGUUCCCCGAAUGGGUUGCCCAGGCGGUGGCGCAGCCGUAUUCAACUUUGGAGGUGGUGGAAUCGGAGCCAUGAAUGAACGCAACAAGUAUAGCUGGACAGCAACAGCAGCAGCAGCGGCGGAAACUUCGAGCGACAAGACGUACCGUUCCACGGUAGGAAGAUCGCCAUCCGGUACCGGAACCAGAUACCAACGCCAGAGAAAAACACCACAUGCAACAACAAAUACCCCUAACAUCCCACAUCAGCAGCAGCAGUACAGCAACCUAGUUUGGACUAAUCGAGACCGAUUGCAGCAACAGAAAAUCGACCCCCCGAAUAGCGGAGACAGUGGAGACAAGAGCGCUAACACCAGUAAUAACAACAGCAACAACAAUAACUAUACCAUUCAGCGUAGUACAGCAGCCGGACCACCGAUGUCGGUAUCGAAGAUGACAACGCCGUCGAAGGAAACCGAUUGGUCAGCCUACAAAUCUCGCUUCCGGUACGUUUCGCCGGAACUGAAGCGCAAGUUGGCGAGCAGUGGUGGCAAAUCGUCCGCGCCGGAACCAACUGAUCAGCAAAUGGAAAUGAAACACGAAGAGCGAUGAAUCUUUUCUAAUGCGCUACUGAACACGUUCCCAAACUGACAUGUUUCGGGAUCUCCAGACAGAAAGUCGGAAGACAAACCUAACUCUCGGCGGCGGAAGAAGGAUGUUGUGUGUCGCAAAUGGAAACUUUUGUUAUUCUUAUUCUCCUUACAAUGUGUGCAUUAGUUGAUAAGUUUUCUCUAAGAACGAGUGAGGUAAUUGGCUCUGUAUGUGUGCGCACAAAACUGGAGCUGUUCCGGUUUUGCUUUGUCAGGUUGAACAACUUUGAUAAACCUUGUUUCGAGCUGGCUACGGGCGAUUUGGUAUCAUGUUACUAUGCGAAGUUUGUGUACAGUUAAAUUAAUUCAGGAACAUAGGGCCUUUCCGAAAUCCUUACAAGAAAAAAGGUAAGGAUGUAUGUUAUUUAAAAAAACAAUGAUGAAAAAUCUGCCGUCGUUGCCCACUCGAAGUAAGGUUUAUCGCUCCGGGUAAGUCGGUAGAAUCAGCAGUCAUUAGCGACAUGUUUGAUGCCGAAAAAUUCUAUUAAAGCUUAAAAAAACAAGUGGUUCUUUUUCCCUUUGAAAUGUGAUCAUAACUGUAUCGAAUAGGCAGGGCAAAAUAUGGAAAAGAUAUAUGAUUUUAGCCAUUUUUUUUACUCAGAACGAAAAAAAGUGGGAAAAAGGAUCACUAACACUUUUGUAAUUAUUAUCUGGAUACCAUACUAUUUAAGCGUGUAAUACAAAUAGUGCGAUUGUAGGAUGCUUUAAUAAUUGAAUUGAGAAGACAAAUACGAAACCUAGGACAGAAAGCGACAACAACUAAUGAACAAGACGGAUAAUAACUCAACAACUCGGAGAAUCAUUGAGAUAUAGUUAAAUAUGUAUAAAUUGAAGAAAAGCAAACUAGAACAUUAUUUUAUUCACAGCUAAGGAAGACAUCCUCAAAGGACAAAUCAAAAUGAUUGCCCCUCAAUGGAACAUACCGCUCCCAUAUGGCACCUUCAUUACAGACAUGAUUUGUCCGAAAAACUGUGAACCAGCUGAAAAUAUCUAAAAUGUCUAAUAUUGAUAGGAUUUGUUAUAUUUUUCCCAUGUUCACUAUAAGCGAUCUGGUUGGAAAUGAAUUGAAGACAAACAAAAAGCAAGGUCUUUUAUUAUAUUUUGUUAUUGAUCUUAACAUCAAACCAUCGACUGACUUGUAUAUGUAUGGAUAACGCAUUUCAAUAAUGUAAUGCUCCGAUAUAAAAAAGGAAAAACUGAAAAAGCGCGUGCAAGUUCGCGGAAGUCUUGAAAAUUUAAACAGUUAACUUCCAGCAAGAAGAGACCACAGUAGCACGCAAUGUGUAUUAAAUCUUUUAAUACCGCGACUCGACGAACUGAAAAACCAACUAUUUUUUGUAAUUAUUUGUUAUACUCUUGAUGCAAAUGGAGAGCAAAAAAAAAACGUCAACACUUGAACACGGAACGAAACACACGCACUGUAUAAACCUGUAGACUAUCCGAAAGGGAAGAAAACAAAGAAGAUACUAAAAUAAUUACUGUUACGAAAACGCAAAACAAUACACUUGUACUUGAAGACUUGAGGAAAACGAAGAAAGAAAGAAUCAAUUUUAUUGUUAAACAUGAUGAAAACAAAAAAAAGAAGAUAUUGUUCAGGCAUCCUGCAAUGAGUCUUAAAUAAAAUAGUCUAUUAA